AUGGAACCCAACGUCAAGACCAGUCACCGCAUCCAAGGGACGUUCCUGAACCCUACCUCGGACCGAAAGAUCGAGAUUCUGCAUGAUCAUCUCCUGGGUUCGUUAACCGCCCGCUAUCUACGAAUUCCUCUCCACAAGCACCUCGUCAACAGGAGCCCUAACGGCCCAGUUCCAUCCACUGAAUCGCUGUUUUCGAUCACUUCGUAGUCACGAACCAGGUCGAUGGCACGAUCGACUACUUUGGACCAGCCGUGGAAGCGCCCCAACCCAAAGAGGUGCUGGACGAGCUCUGGAGACUGACCGAGGACAGCUUCAUCUUGCCCGGCUUCGUGGAUACGCACAGUACGUCCCUGUUCAUCGUUUCUAAAGAGUAUCACCUGAACAACUUGGACUCUGUUCAGUCCACGCCCCUCAGUACAUCAACGCCGGCAACGCGCUCGACAAAGUAGGCUUCCCCUCCCCCACGUCCGAUACGUCCGGACUCCGAACUCAACCCGAGCCUGCCCCCUGACUUUUAUCUCCCUUCCUCACAGCCCCUCAAAGAAUGGCUCGAAGCCUACACCUUUGCGGCCGAAGCAAGAAUAGACGCCGAUCCUCGAGGUUUGGGCUCAAAAGUCUACUCGCGGUUGGUGAAAAGGUUGAUCGGCUCGGGGACGACGGCGGCGAGUGUCUUUGGGACGUUGUCGGUUGAAGCCAAGUGAGUGGGGUUCUGGUUGAGGUUAAUUUAUUGCGGAGAGAUGGCUAACUGGAAGGCUUGGGGGGUUUUGAAAAGUGUGGUCCUGGCCGAGGCCUUCAUCGACAGUGGGAUUCGGGGCCAUAUCGGCAAAGUCAACAUGGACCAGAAUGGAAUCCCCACGUGGGUAAACCUAUUCCUCCAGACAUCGUUGACGGUGUACUGAAAAGGUCGCCGUGGUACACCUACAGCUACAUUGAAACAACCGAAGCUUCCCUCCGAGACACCGAAAGCUUCAUUUCGAUUCUCGCCACCAAGCUCGAAGCCGUUCCGGUACCCUACAACGGCCUCGUAGAAGCAUGCAUCACUCCGCGCUUCGUACCGACAUGUACACCUAAGCUUUUAGAUGGAUUAAGCGCGUUGGCGGAGAAGCAUCAGCUGAGGAUUCAGUCUCAUAUGAGUGAGAGUAUCGGCCAGGUCGAAUGGUCAAAAUCCUUGUCGGACGGAGUCGAGGAUAUACACGCUUUGGAUCAUGUGAGACGGCUCUUGACGAGCGGUAGAUCACAGUCCGGAUCUUGGCUCACCCCCCACCCCCCCCCCCCCCCUUUUUACUGAAUGUUCCAACAAUCCGUAGCACAAGCUCCUCACCCCUCGAUCCCUGAUGGCGCAUUGCACGCACUCGACCGCAGCGCACCUCUCGCUCCUCUCCGAACGCCAAACCUCCAUCUCCCACUGCCCACUCUCGAAUCUCUACUUCUCCCCGGAGAAAUCGUUCCCCUUGCGAUCUGCCCUAACUCGUACCGUCAAAGUAGGUCUCGGAUCCGACAUCUCAGGAGGGUACGAUCCUUCAAUCGAAUCGAGUAUGCGGAUGGCGGUGGCGGUCGCUCGUCAACGGGCCCAUGCGCCGGAGGGUGUGGAGAAGGGAGAGAGCGCGGUCGAAUGGGAAGAGGCUUUAUGGGUCGCUACGAGGGGAGGAGCCGAAGCGAUGGGCUUGUCAACCGGAAUCUUUGAGAGAGGCCGACCCUUCGAUGCUCAAUUGAUCGAGUUGGGGAAUCCGCGCUCGAGGGUCGAAUGGUUCGAUGGAUUCGGGGAGCAAGGUAGCGUCGAGGCCACGACCCCUUUCAAGACCAAGGUGGAGAAAUGGUUCCAUUUGGGCUCCGAGGUCGAUCGGAAAGCCGUUUGGGUUCAGGGAAGAAACGUGUUGCAGUGA